AUGGAUACUCAGGAUGGAGCAGAGCUCUGCUUUCCACAACUCUUCAACAUCUCCUGCAAGAAGCCUACAACUCCUCUGUCUCAAUUGUUGCUUCCUUAUAUUGUUGUGUUCUCAAUGUCUCUGCUAACUGUGAUUCUCAACCUGCUUGUCAUCAUCGCAGUCUCCCACUUCAGGCAGCUCCACACACCCACUAACAUCCUCCUCCUCUCUUUGGCUGUGUCAGACUUUUUCAUUGGUCUGUUGUUGAUGCCUGCAAAUAUCAUCCGAAAGAAGGUUUGUUGGUUUCUUGGUCAGCUUGCAUGUUUAGUGUUUACUUAUGUAUCCUUCAUUAUUACCUCGGCCUCAGUGGGCAUCAUGGUGCUGAUAUCAGUCGACAGGUAUGCGGCUAUUUGUGACCCUCUGCAUUACCCCACCAGAAUAACUCAGAGAAGAGUGAAACUCUGUGUCUGUCUGUGUUGGCUCUGCUCUGUUAUCUACAACAUUUUGCUCAUAAAGGAUGAACUGGUUCAACCAGGGCAACAUAAUUCCUGUUAUGGAGAGUGUAAAAUUCUGGUAGACUACAUUGCAGGAACCACUGAUAUUAUUUUAACCUUUAUUAUUCCUGUUACUGUCAUCAUAGUUCUGUAUAUGAGAGUAUUUGUGGUGGCUGUGUCUCAGGCCCGUGCCAUGCGCUCUCAGGUUACAGCUGUCACACUGCAGCUCUCAGUGAUUCUAACAACAAAGAAAUCAGAGUUAAAAGCAGCCAGGACUCUGGGUGUUCUUGUUCUUGUGUUUCUAUUAUGUUUCUGUCCUCAUUAUUGUAUUUUUGUUUUUGGAGGAAAGGUGCUUAAUAGUUCAUCUGCAACUAUUGUGAUCUAUCUGUAUUAUUUUAACUCCUGUCUAAAUCCUUUGAUUUAUGCUAUGUUCUACCCCUGGUUUAGAAAAGCUGUGAAACUCAUUGUGACUCUACAGAUACUGCAGCCUGGCUCCUGUGAGGUCAGCAUACUGUAG